AAAAGUUAAAAGUGGUUUCAAUAAUGAACAAAUGCGCGUGUAGACAAUAACCAAGAGGACAAUGGAGCUGGACAAACUUUGCCGGUAAAGUUAGUGGCACGUCUCCUUUAAAAUUAUUCCGACUCGCCGUUUCUCUCUCAACAAUUCUCUCACAAUUCCACCAUCGCCACCGCAAAUUCAGAUCAGAAAGAGGUAAUGGCUUAUUCUGGAGACUCAUGGAUCCGGGAGUAUAACGAAGGACUGAAACUCGCGGAUGAUAUCACUAACAUGAUAUCUGAAAGGAGUUCAUUGCCUGCUUCGGGCCCAGAAGCACAGCGUCAUUCAUCCGCUAUAAGGAGGAAGAUUACUAUAUUAGGAACUAGACUUGAUAACUUACAGUCUAUCCUGUCGAAGCUUCCUGGAAAACAGCCUUUGUCAGAGAAAGAGAUGAACCGUCGCAAGGAUAUGCUUGCAAAUUUGAAAUCGAAAGUAUCUCAAAUGGCUUCCACAUUGAACAUGUCAAGCUUCGCGAAUAGGGACAGUUUGCUUGGACCAGAAAUAAAGCCUGUGGAUGCUAUGAGCAGAGCAACAGGUCUUGAUAAUUAUGGCGUUGUCGGUCUUCAACGGCAAAUUAUGAAAGAGCAAGAUGAGGGCCUUGAGAGUUUGGAGGAGACAGUGAUGAGCACUAAACAUAUAGCACUGGCAGUUAAUGAAGAACUUGGCUUGCAAACAAGACUUAUUGAUGACCUGGACGAACAUGUUGAUGUUACAGACUCAAGACUUCAGCGGGUGCAGAGAAAGCUUGGAAUUUUGAACAAACGCACAAAGGGUGGUUGCUCUUGCAUGUGUAUGCUUCUAGCGGUGCUUGGAAUUGUCAUUCUUGUUGUGGCGAUAUAUAUGUUGAUUAAGUAUCUGUAAAUGCAAAAGAACAAGUACUUUGAGUGUGUAAGAGAAGUGUGUGUAUGAGAUCUUGAACAUCUCCUUCUGUUUCCUCCUGUGUAAUCGAUGUUUUCGUGAUUGUGCUCA